CGCGGUAUGUGGACCGUAUAAACUUCGUAUCUAGGGGUCGCCAUUUUGUACGAGUCUGCGCGGUGUGGUUUUCGUAUGGAAAGGGAAAUCGCCCCUCUGCCUGAGGGGGGAAAGGAUUCACAGCUUUAUUGUGAGAUUGCGUAAUAUAGUCUCGAAAAAUAGUAAAGGGAAUAAGGAACUAGUGCAAGAUGCUGCGUCAACCGUUGCUGCAACAUAUACGCUGCGCGCACAGCACGGUGUCCGCUAGCAGUAGGCCGUAUUGGAAGAAGAAUCCACAUCUGGACCAGAUAAUCCGAGUGGACCAUGCAGGCGAGUUAGGAGCGGACCGUAUCUACGCCGGCCAGAUGGCAGUACUAGGUAGCACUGCUGAAGGCCCGCUUAUUCAGCACAUGUGGGACCAGGAGAAGAAACAUCGCGCCAAGUUCGAGGAGCUGAUCAACGAGUACAGGGUCAGGCCAACUGCGCUCACUCCGAUAUGGAAUGUAGCUGGAUUUGUGUUGGGAGCUGGCUCAGCGCUCCUAGGCAAAGAAGCCGCAAUGGCUUGCACAGUCGCCGUGGAGACCGUUAUAGUAGACCACUACAACGACCAGCUCCGAACUCUUAUGGAGGACCCUAAUAUCGACAAGGAGAUCUUGGAAACCAUCACCAACUUCCGCAAUGAGGAGCAGGAACACCACGAUACAGGGAUAGACCACGGAGCUGAACAAGCCCCCUUUUACAAAGCCAUGACUGAAGUUAUUAAGGCUGGUUGUAAGGUGGCUAUAGCUUUAUCGAAGAAGGUUUAGAUAAUAGAGGAUUUUAUAUAAACUGCUAAAGAUAGUCUAGUCCGCCAUCUUGAAUACAUGUGAGUACUUAAGUAGUCACUUUUAGCACUAUAUGAACUACAUAUUGCUCUUCAAAGUUAAUAUAAAUACAAUUUAAAAUGUAGACGGAAGUUAGUAGAAGGCAUAAACUAAAAAGACAAGAGUACAAAGUUUACAACUGUGGGAUUGUCUCCUGUUUGUAGCUCAUCACAAUUAAAUAACUUCUGAUUGACGAUUAUAAGACAACACAACGUUCUAAGACGUUCAAUAAAGAAAUAUGAUCAGCUUUAUGUUUUAAAAAAUGUGGGCUCAUUUUUGUGGGUCAAUUUAUUCAUUGUCAUGAGCUGCAAAUAGGAAAAAUCCCGUAAUAAGAUUUUGAACAACUACUAGUAAGUAUUUUUUAUGUUAGACGAAGAUUUUUGUGUCGUUAUAAAGUUAGCGAGACAUAUUUAUGAAAACGCUUUGAAUUAAAUUUAGCCUUUAUAUAACAAGAGUAUCUAUAAAGUAUUAUUUCCUGUUAGCUUUCUAUAGCAUUCAACAGACACAAAACAUGGUAAAAUAGUCUAGAAAUUCCAAAUAUCUAGACGACUUUUUACAUGACAAUGUAUAUUUUUGUUAAAAGAAUAAAAUUAUGUAUUAAACAGA